GAGCGCAUUCACAGGUAUGAAAAUCAGUAAAUUCUAUAAUAAUUUAGUUUAGUUUACGGAUUUACAGUAGAAAUAAGCUGCUUGUAAAUAGAGGCUGUAAAUAUACACAUAGCAAGUAACGAUGAGUUUGGGAGCGCGCGCCACCAAAGGUGGUGCGAAGGCGGGCAAGGAGGGCAAGCACCCGCCGGAGAAGACCAAGGGCACAGAGAAACCCCAGCCUAAGGAGAAGGUUAAGCCACAGGCCACCACAGAACAACUCCGCAUGGCACACAUGAUCGAUCGUAAAAGCGAGGAUGCCUCCGACGUUCGCAGAAUGGUGUUAGAGUUGAUGGAGAUGACCUGUCGCACUGAAGAGGAAGUCUGUUCAGCACUACACGAUUCCGACAACGAUUUGGAAGCGGCUUGCAAUCUACUCCUGGAAGAUGCUCAGCGGAUACAGGGUGAAUGGCAGACAAGCGAGAAGAAAAAGAAGAAGCCGCCAGCUGCUGCCGGGAACGGGGAAGUGGACGCGGCGCCCGCCCGCGAGCCGCGCGAGAGAUCCGGGCCCCGGCCGCGUCGCGGCGAGGGCGAGGGAGGGCGCGGGGCGCGCGGCCGGGGCUCCGUGCGGGGCGCGCGCGGAGCCCGGGGCGCGGGGCGCGGCGGCCGGCGGGGGGGCGCGCCCCGGGCCCGCGGCGCGCGACACGCCGCCGACUGGGGCGACAGCAACCACACGGCUGACGCAGGUGGCAAUAUGGGCGACACGUUCCCCGCAACAGAAGACUGGGACAACGAGGAGUGGUCAGGGUCACUGUCCGAUACCAAGGUGUUCACGCCCAGCAGCGGCGCGGCGCAGGCGGCGGGCGCGGCGCCGGCGCAGGCGGCUGCGGAAGACUGGGACUCGCCGCCCGCCAACGGCCCUACUGCGGACCACAUACCCACGUACACAUACCACAACGCUCACCAUACUAUUAUUGACCAAAUAAACUCUGCAAAUAACCACACGGCGGCGGCUGUAGCGGCCGUGGCGUCCGCCACGCAGCCCGCGGCCUCCGCCAAGGAGGACACCUUCCACGCUCACCAUCACCAGCCAAUGGGAAUGUCGGGCAGCCUGUCGGCGGCCCAGUCGCAGUACCUGUCGUCGCUGACGGCCGCGGCGCAGCGGCACGAGCACACGUACCACUACCCCGCCUACCACGACGGCAGGAAGCAGCGGGCGCGCCUGCCGCCGCCCAGCAAGAUCCCGUCGUCGGCGGUGGAGAUGCCCGGCGGCGGGGAGUCCUCGUCGGCCAUGUUCCUGGACGUGCAGUUCGGGGCUCUCUCGCCCGACACGCUGGACGCCGGCCAGCCGCACGAGGAGGACGCCCACCCCGCCCACAGCCACACGUUGAGUUCCCCGCUGCCGGCGGCGGACGGCGCCGCCACCAACUCCGCCGAGCAGCCGGUCACCAACAACACCACCACGCUAGAGAAGCAGCUGUCGGCGUGCAUGAAGCAGCUGAGCGUGUCCGCCGCCGACGCGCCGCCCGCGCCGCACGGCAAGCCCGGCCGCGCCAAGCCGGCGGUCGCGCCGCAGCAGCCGCCGCCCGCGCAGCCCGCGCCGCUGCAGCCGCCCGCGCAGCCGCAGCCGCCACAACAACAACAACAACAACAGCAGGCACAGCAACAACAACAACAGCCGCAACAACAGCAGCAGCAGAACGUGUACACGCCGCACCACGCUCACCUGCCGCCGGUGUACGGGACCAAUGUUUAUGCACCACAAGUGAACUCCACAAACCCCUCGCUGACUGCCGCGUCCGCGAUGAGCACAUAUCCGUCCAGCGUCACCCUCACGCAGUACCAGCCGAUGAUUAACUCUUAUCAGCCCGGCGCGAGCGUGUGCGCGGCGCAGACCACGAACGCGGCCGCGAGCGCGGCGGGCGCGUACUCCGCGCUCUACACCAGCGGCACCGCCUACUACCAGCCGCCGCCGCACAAGCCGCAGUAUGACACGAGUUCGGUCGCGUCCAGCAACAGUUUAACGAGCACAUCCACAACACAGACUUCUACGGCCAAGGUGGCCACAACUACUGCUCACAACACGGCGACGGCGAGCUCCACGAGCGUGGGGAUAGGCAGCGCCGGGUACGCGGCCGCGCUCUACGGCGCCGCGGGGACCGCUGCCUACCCCUACGACGACCAACUGCUGUCGCGGGGGAACACGCUGCCUCAUCAUAUGGGCGGGUACUACGAGGUGGGGUACGGGCCGGGCGGCGCGCGCGACGCGGGCUUCGGGCUCGGCGCCGGCGACCGCUUCGGCCGCGCCGACGCCGCCUCGCCGCAGCAGGUCCCGGCAGCUCUACCACCAGGCUACGCGUACUUCUACCAGCCGCCGCCCAGCACCUACCAGUACGGCGUGUACCCGUACUCGGGGAACGCCGUGUCCGCGCCCAAGGUCUCCUCCUACGCGCAGCAGCAGCCCUACGACCAGGACUCCUACAGCAAGGGCGGGCCUUACACCGGCGGCUCUAACAAAACAGCGGCGGCGGGCACAGAGCUCAGCAACGCCAUGUACAAGACGCACGUCGCUCUCAACAAGGUCAAUAGUUACGAGAAGGCGACGUUCCACAGCGGCACGCCGCCGCCCUUCGGCGCCGGCUCGCACCUCUACAUCCCCGCGCCGCCGCACCACCACCACCACCACCAGAUGGAUGCGCGGGUGAACAGUAGUCAUAAUAGGCGGGAGAGCGGCGCGGCGGGGCGCUCGUCGUCGUCGAAGCCGCCGCCGAGCAAGCCCGCCUACUCGCAGUCCUACUGGGCGCCCAACUAGUGCCCACGGCACCCGCCACUCGGUCGUUAGACACAUGUACAUAGAACGCCGCGUGGGCCCUCCAUACAGUCAAUUGACGCCGUACAAUGGCGCGACUGAUCCAACACUACGUCUUACGUGUACCUACUAUAUGUGUAAUGUAAAAUAAAAUGAAAGGAAAUUGAUCGAAAAACUAUGUUAAUAUUUCUUUUUGAAAUUCGUGAGGUUGACUUUUUGUAAAACGCCCUCUGAAAAACCAUAGGUUAUAAUAUGAUUGUUUAAAAUUAACUGUAGUAGUUUUAUAUAUGAAAAUAUGUAUAUGUAUGUAAGAGUUGGUACGCUGUGCGCGCCGAAUCUUUUUUGUAUUUAGUUGACACUUUUUGUAAUUACAAUAAUAUUAUUGAAAAUGUCAUAGGUAAUCGUAAUGCAGAUUCGUCGAGGUCUUUUUUAUGUGGAAGAAUGAUGUGUGAUCUCGCGGGCAUUUGUAUGAGGGAAAUACACAUAUUGGAACCUGA